AUGCCGCGAAAUACAAAUAUAGCUUUCUGGUCCCUCUGCUUCUGCCUGCUCACUCUCACUUCCGUUUUCCUCUCAGCUAAAUGCAGAGGGGUUCGUAGCUGCAGAGUCCCUGGGCAGAAGGAUCUGAAGGGGUUCGGGGCUGCAGCCAGGAUGUCCAAGGCGAGAAACCUCCUCCUGGCUUCUCUGCUGCUCUGUCUUCACUACAGUCCUCUCUCCGGGGCCACAGGACCGGGCUUUGUGGUCAGAAUCACGGACAAAGGCCUGGACUAUGCUCGCCAGGAGGGGGUGGCAGCCUUGCAGCAGAAACUGGCACAACUGACUCUGCCCGACUUCUCUGGAUCCUUCAGAGUUAAAGUUAUUGGAAGAGUGGACUACAAACUCUACAGCUUGAACGUUCGCAGUUUCCAGCUGCCAAGCUCCGCUAUAGCACCGGUCCCAGGCAUGGGCCUCAAGGUCUCCAUCACCAAUGCCUUUGCUGAAGUGACGGGCGACUGGUCGGUGAAGAAGCGCUGGUUCAAGGACCACGGCUCAUUUGACCUGAAGGUUGAGGGCAUCUCCAUCUCCGUAGGCUUGAAGCUGGGGGCAGAUGCUGCUGGGAGGCCGACUGUGGGCACAGCAGGUUGCGCCGCUCACAUCUCCGACGUCAAAGUGCACUUUUCAGGCAGGUUGAGCUGGCUGUACAACCUCUUCGACAAAAACAUUGAGUCGUCAUUCAGAAAUGCCAUGGAAGGCAAGGUCUGUGAAGAAGUGAGCAGUUCCAUUGGCUCCAAACUGCAGCCUUUCCUGCAGACUCUGCCAGUCACGGCUAGAAUUGACAAGGUGUCUGGAAUCGAUUACUCUCUGGUUGCUCCUCCUGUGGCUUCACAGAAUUCCCUAGACUUGGACCUGAAGGGUGAAUUCUUCUCCCUCGCCCAUCGCUCUCCUCCUCCUUUCACACCACCAGCCCUCGCUUUCCCGGUGGAUCACGACCACAUGCUUUAUUUUGGGAUCUCCACUUACUUCUUCAACACCGCAGGCCUUGUAUACUACGGAGCAGGGGAGAUGAACUUCUUCAUCACAGACGACAUGGUUCCGAAGGAGUUUAAAGUCCGGCUCAACACCACAUGCUUCAAGCCCUUUGUUCCACAGUUGGAAAAGCUGUACCCCAACAUGCUCAUGAAGCUCCAAGUCUCACCUUCUUCUGCCCCGUCUCUGACCAUCACACCUGACGCCAUUUCGCUGUCCCCGGCGGUCGACAUCAGAGCAUUUGCCAUCCUCCCCAACGCUUCCUUGGCCUCGCUCUUUGUGAUUGGUGCGUCAACCACCAUUUCAGCCAAAGUUUCUGUUAACUCCACCAAGAUCUUUGGGUCCCUGAAGCUUGGCAAGUUGCAGCUGUCUCUGAAGCACUCGGACGUUGGGCCUUUCUCAGUACAAUUAAUGCAAGCCAUCAUGAACUACCUUGCUUCAAGCACCCUCCUGCCUGCAAUGAAUGCGCGACUGGCUGAAGGCUUUCCCCUCCCUCUCCCGGACCACGUGGAGCUCUCCAGUGCCUUUCUGCAGCUUCGCCAGGAUUUCUUGCUCUUUGGAGCAGACGCUCGCUACGGUUAAUGGCGAUGCAGAAAGAGAGAGAGGAGAGCCCAGACGCAAUGCAGAAUGUCGCCCUCUCUUCUGCUUCUGCUGCUUGGUCUUCCAGACAGGAGGGUGGGGUGGGGGUUCUUCCCUGGAAAUGGGCCCCUCCCUGUUUUUGGAAUAAUUUUCACACUGGUAAACCCUAAUGACUGUUCAGAUAAACAGCAGUUCAAGAGGUAUUUAUGUUGAUUUCCACUGAGAUGGGACUAUAGAUGCGAUUGAGAUUAAAUCCGGGUUCAGCAAUGGAUUCAGAAACGGUCAUGGUGGACAAUGGAGGUUGCUUUACACCAGUGUAGAUCCUAGAGCCAGUAGGAGCAUCAGAAUGAUAGCAUAGGCAGAGAUUAAUUUUUGAUAAACUGGUAGCCUGAGAAGUAACAUUGCCUCACCCCAGAAAUCCAUGUCCAGAAACUGCCCUCCUCAGAUAGGGCACCGCUGAGAGUCCCACAUGCCCCAGAGGCAUGCUUUGCUUGCACUUGAAACUGGGCUUUUAGUGUUGCAGCCCCUGCCCUCUGGAACCAUUAUAAGGAGCGACUGGACAGGCUUCUCCCAUCUUGAUGUCUGAGCACUUAUUAAAUACUUUUUUGUUUAA